UCAGUGGGAUUCAAGAUGAAGAAGAGCAGAACUUUCAACUGGCACUGAAAUUUACCUGGUCCAAUUUCAGGUUUCACCGUUUCCUAGAUGCCAAUAGUCAUAAAGUUCAACGCAGUGUAAAUGGGUGAGUUGGCAAACAGGUUCAACGCAGUGUGAAUGGGUGAGUUGGCAAACAGGUUCAACGCAGUGUAAAUGGGUGAGUUGGCAAACAGGUUCAACGCAGUGUGAAUGGGUGAGUUGGCAAACAGGUUCAACGCAGUGUGAAUGGGUGAGUUGGCAAACAGGUUCAACGCAGUGUGAAUGGGUGAGUUGGCAAACAGGUUCAACGCAGUGUGAAUGGGUGAGUUGGCAAACAGGUUCAACGCAGUGUAAAUGGGUGAGUUGGCAAACAGGUUCAACGCAGUGUGAAUGGGUGAGUUGGCAAACAGGUUCAACGCAGUGUGAAUGGGUGAGUUGGCAAACAGGUUCAACGCAGUGUGAAUGGGUGAGUUGGCAAACAGGUUCAACGCAGUGUAAAUGGGUGAGUUGGCAAACAGGUUCAACGCAGUGUGAAUGGGUGAGUUGGCAAACAGGUUCAACGCAGUGUGAAUGGGUGAGUUGGCAAACAGGUUCAACGCAGUGUAAAUGGGUGAGUUGGCAAACAGGUUCAACGCAGUGUGAAUGGGUGAGUUGGCAAACAGGUUCAACGCAGUGUGAAUGGGUGAGUUGGCAAACAGGUUCAACGCAGUGUGAAUGGGUGAGUUGGCAAACAGGUUCAACGCAGUGUAAAUGGGUGAGUUGGCAAACAGGUUCAACGCAGUGUGAAUGGGUGAGUUGGCAAACAGGUUCAACGCAGUGUGAAUGGGUGAGUUGGCAAACAGGUUCAACGCAGUGUGAAUGGGUGAGUUGGCAAACAGGUUCAACGCAGUGUAAAUGGGUGAGUUGGCAAACAGGUUCAACGCAGUGUGAAUGGGUGAGUUGGCAAACAGGUUCAACGCAGUGUGAAUGGGUGAGUUGGCAAACAGGUUCAACGCAGUGUGAAUGGGUGAGUUGGCAAACAGGUUCAACGCAGUGUGAAUGGGUGAGUUGGCAAACAGGUUCAACGCAGUGUGAAUGGGUGAGUUGGCAAACAGGUUCAACGCAGUGUGAAUGGGUGAGUUGGCAAACAGGUUCAACGCAGUGUAAAUGGGUGAGUUGGCAAACAGGUUCAACGCAGUGUGAAUGGGUGAGUUGGCAAACAGGUUCAACGCAGUGUAAAUGGGUGAGUUGGCAAACAGGUUCAACGCAGUGUGAAUGGGUGAGUUGGCAAACAGGUUCAACGCAGUGUGAAUGGGUGAGUUGGCAAACAGGUUCAACGCAGUGUGAAUGGGUGAGUUGGCAAACAGGUUCAACGCAGUGUGAAUGGGUGAGUUGGCAAACAGGUUCAACGCAGUGUGAAUGGGUGAGUUGGCAAACAGGUUCAACGCAGUGUGAAUGGGUGAGUUGGCAAACAGGUUCAACGCAGUGUAAAUGGGUGAGUUGGCAAACAGGUUCAACGCAGUGUAAAUGGGUGAGUUGGCAAACAGGUUCAACGCAGUGUAAAUGGGUGAGUUGGCAAACAGGUUCAACGCAGUGUAAAUGGGUGAGUUGGCAAACAGGUUCAACGCAGUGUAAAUGGGUGAGUUGGCAAACAGGUUCAACGCAGUGUAAAUGGGUGAGUUGGCAAACAGGUUCAACGCAGUGUAAAUGGGAUCUAUGAGAAACUGAUGGUGCAUUCAGACCUGAGUAAAGCAGAGAGCUGGGUCAGACUGACAGAAGAGUUCCUCAACUCACCUCUACCCAACACAGAUGGAACUAAGACGGAUGUUCAUCACAGUCUCCUGGACCUUCUCCUACACCUCUCCGACUCUCCCCUUAACUCCAACUACAGCGAGACACCCAGACUGAAGGAGACUGAGAAAGAAGACGACUUUGACUGGUGUGGAUAUUUACAGGAAGGAGAGCUAGAUACAGAUCCAUAUCCUGACACCCCAGAGUGGUCUGAGGAGGAGAGCGAGGACGAGGACAGUCAGCAGCCGCUCAGCAGAGAGGAUUCUGGGAUACAGGUGGACCGUACCCCCCAGGAGGACCAGGAGAAGACGGUCCCUGUUACCUGGACAGUGGGUGAGCCUGAUGCCAGGUCCUGGUUAGAGCAACAUGUGGUUACUCCGUACUGGCAGGGCCACACUCCCCGCUUCCCUCACAGUCUCCAUCUACACUCCAACCUGCUCAACGUCUGGGACCAACACGUGUACAACACUGACCCAUUGUAUCUGCCUGAAGAGAAAGCCUUUGUCACCGAGACGCAAGUGAUCCGGGAGACACUGUGGCUGCUCUCUGGGGUGAAGAAACACUUUAUAUUCCAGCAUCAGGAUGGAAAAGUGGUGGUCAGGAAUGAUGUGGUGGUCACUCACCUGACUAACAACUGCCUACGGUCCGUGUUGGAGCACAUAGCAGUCUAUGGCCAGGCAGUGUUCCGGCUGCAGAGGUUUAUAGACGAGGUAACGGGGUACGACACUGAGCCCUGCCCUCCAGGCUCCUACUCCUCCAAGCAGGGCACCGAGCCUCCCUUCAGGACUUACCAGGCUUUUGUCUGGGCUCUCUACAAAUACUUCACCUCCUUCAAACAGGAGCUCACCACCAUAGAGAGAGACCUCAUAGGGAAAGAUGAGACGGUGACCCUGGCAGGGGUGCUGGACAGACUGACCCCUCACCUGGCCCAGAUCAAGGUGCUCCACAAGGUGUUCUGUACGGGUGUGGCAGAGGUCCCCCCUGAGACCCCUAACGUGGUGCGGGCCUCACACCUGCUCAACACACUGUACAAGGCUAUCAUAGAGUACGACAGCGUGGGAGAGGCAUCCCAACAGGCCGUGGCUCUGUUAUUCUCUCUGUGGACAGAGACAGUCAGACCAUACCUAGAGAUCGUGGAUGAAUGGAUUGUUCAUGGUCACCUGUUUGACCCCGCUAAAGAGUUCAUCAUUCAGAGGAACAAAGACGUACCAGUGAAUCACAGAGACUUUUGGUACGCCACCUACACCUUGUACAGUAUCUCCGAGACGGUGGAGAGCGAGGACAAGCUGAGUGACGCGGCCAGCGGGAGCAGCACAGGGGAGCAGGGAUCGAAGUCUCAGCUCACCAUGGUGUCCUUCCUCAAGCCGGUCCUCAAACAGAUCAUCAUGGCUGGGAAGAGCAUGCAGCUCCUCAAGAACCUGGACUGUAAAGAGGCAGAGCAGACCGAUGGCUGCACUAGAGAUGCAGAAAGGAAGAGCUUGUACACUCUUUUUCUGGAGUCUGUUCAGUCCCGCCUCCGUUGCCGGGACGACUCCCCCGUGGAUACGGUCACCGAGCAACAGGCCACUAAGCAGAGCCUGAUCAAGAUGCAGUCGAUUGUAGCUCAGCAUCUACAGAUGGAUGACAUACAUGACCCUCUACUGGCCAUCAACUUCGCCAGGCUGUACCUGGAGCAGAGUGACUUCCACGAGAGGUUCUCAGGCGGUGACGUGAUCGUGGACCGUUCGUCUGAGUCGGUGACGUGUCAGACAUUUGAGCUGACGCUGCGCUCCUGCCUCUACCCACACAUCCAGAAGAGAUACAUUGAGUGCUGUGGCAACCUCAUGACCACCCUGAAGAAGGACUACAGACUGCUGGAGUACCUUCAGGCCAUGAGGAACUACUUCCUGUUGGAGGCAGGAGACACCAUGUAUGACUUCUAUACAGCCAUCUUUGAUAAGGUCCUGGAGAAGGAGAGCUGGCAGCAACUGGCGUUCCUCAACGUUCAACUGCAGGAAGCCGUGGGACAGCGGUGUCCAGAGGACAGCAGCAGGUUGUCCAUCUUCCUGGAGACGAUAGACCCAGUCAGAAAGAAACAGCCGAUUAAUAAUCUGGAUGGUUUGACCCUCAGUUACAAGGUGCCCUGGCCUGUUGACAUUGUGGUCAGCUCAGAGUGUCAGAGGAUCUACAACCAGGUGUUCCUGCUGCUGCUGCAGAUCAAAUGGGCCAAAUACAGUCUGGACACGCUGGCAUUCAGUGAUUUGACAGUAGCAGCUAAGCGGUUGGAAGGGACACCAGAGGAGGUGAAGGCUAAAGAGCCAAUCAACCAGCAGAUCCACAGGAUGUUUCUGCUGAGGGUCAAACUGAUGCACUUUGUCAACAGCCUCCACAACUACAUUGUGACCAGGAUUCUUCACAGCACUGGUCUGGAGUUCCAGCACCAAGUCCAGGAGGCUAAAGACCUGGACCAGCUGAUUAAGAUCCACUACAGAUACCUGUCCACUAUCCACGACCGUUGUCUAUUGCGAGAGAAGGUGAGCUUUGUGAAGGAGGCGAUCAUGAAGGUUCUCAAUCUGGUCCUCAUCUUCUCAGACCGCUGGCAGGUUGGCUUUGGAGCGUGGAAGAUCGAAUCCAUUGAUAAGAUGGAAUCUGAUUUCAAGAACUGUCACAUGUUCCUCGUGACUAUACUAAACAAAGCUGUCUGCCGCGGGUCAUUUCCACACUUGGAGUCCCUUGCCCUGUCUCUGAUGGCUGGCUUUGAACAGUGCUGAGAGAAGAACAUCUCUUUCUGCUCGCCCACCAGACCCUUCGACCACCAGACCCCCCCCCCCCCCCCAAAAAAAAACACUGGCUGUGUCCCAAAUGGCAUCCCUUUCCCAUCAAAGUGCACUAGUUUUGGCCCUAUAGGGAAUAGAGUGGCAUUUGGGAUGCAUACACUUUAGUUGUGACUGUUGUUGUUCUGACUUCAUAGCACACAAGACUGGUGAAUAAUGAUGUCACACUCUCUCCCCGUUGCUAGUGGAGAAACAGAGUGUGUGUGAAGGGUCUAUCCCUUCUCCUAAAUCAUGGAUGCUCCUCCUCAAUACCCUCAAGACAAUCCAGAGUCUCAGAAGUAUUACAGAUGUGUGACUGCUUGUAAAUAUUGUUGAUUUUGAAGCUGUUUUAUGGUGUUGUCAUCCAUAUGUAGGCUUCCUGCACAAUCCUGCUGUUUAGUGUUUUACAACUAUGGAUUUACAUUUGUUUGGCUUUUAUUGGAUUUAGAUUUCUGGUGAGAUAAUUUUUGAAUUGUUUUGCAUUUGUGUAUUUGUUAAUUGAACUGUCAAUCCAGAAUAUCAUAAUAAUGCAUGUUUAAAUCUCUCUCGUAUUUCCCUGGUGUUAGUUUAGUUCAUUGAAAUGUACGGAUAAUAAACAUUAACUAAAUAUUCAA